AUGACUACCAACAGGCCCUUUCUCGGGGGCUUCCUCGCUGCCUUCCGUGCCCAGCAGCCCUCGCUCCAAAAGACCGUGUCCUCGCAGGCUGCCUCUGUCGCAUCCUACGCCCAGAACACCCCAGCACAGCAACAACAGGCCCGUGACUCGGCAGCCGCCUCGCGCACCAUCACCGCAAAGGCGCGAUCCCCUUCGCCGGGCGCAACCGUUGCUGUCCAGGGAACCGGCCACUUCCAGCCCACCAGACAGCACGCCCCUCCCUACACCCGCUCCACAUCACCCCAAGCAAAAGCCUUUCCCAUACCAGGCGCAUCGCAACGGAGCAGAAGAGGCUCAGAUAGCUCUUCGGACGGCUUCCAUGAGGCCAUGGGUGCAGAAAAAUGGUAUAUUGGCGGUCGCACCGCAACAGGCGAGGAGAAGUUUUACAAGCUUGGCAUGGUUAAGCGACACAAGAGCGCGGAUCGUUUGAGCCUGGACAAGCUCAGCAUAUGA